AUGGGGGUUGUUCGGUGCGCUGUGAGGAGGCUCGGUGGCUCCCUGCUCCAGGGAACGCAGGCGGCGGUCGCGGGGGAGGGACGCCGGCUCGUGCCAAGCAGGUUCAUGCGCCCCCGCCAGCUCUUCGGCGAGGUCUCCAGCGAGCGAUCGCAGGCGGCGGAGCGACUCCUCCUCGAGCCAGGCUGGCUCAUGCGCUACCGCCAGCACGCCAGCGAGAUCCCCAAGAAGAAGAAGCUGUCUGCCUUGGAAUCUGAGUUCCAGUGGACACUGAAGACGCUUAAUGCCUUGUGUGAUAGGUUGGAGGAGCUUCAAAAGGAAACAGCACCAGAUGCCUUUGAGUUGGGUGUGAAGGCCUAUGGAAAUGCGUUUAAGGCUGUGGUCGGUGGAGCUGCCAGGGCGUUGUUUUGCUUCAGUCUGAUUACUUCUCUUAUUUUUGGUGGCAACGAGGUGGAUGACCAGGCUGCUAUCAAGGAAAACCAGUGA